AUGAGGGUGAUACAGGGAAUUAAAGAGCAGGUAUCAAAGUGUGACUCAACCAUCAAGUCUUUAAAAGAUUCCGUUUGGUCAUCUUCGUCUGCAAAGCAAGCAAGGCGUUUCUCCGGUGCUACUGAUUCAAGUGGUUUCAAGUCCUCCAAGGACGAGAAGUUAAAGCAGGCGGAGGAAUCUCUUCAAGCACCGUCUGACAAUAAAGUCUGGGGGUUCUUCAAGCUCCCGUUUCGACAAUCAGGUAACACGACGUCGUCUUCUUCCUCCACGCCGCAUCAUCACCAUAAUCAAGCUAACCAUCACACGGAGGGAUCGAAUCCGCAUGCUUCCAAUUCAGUUUCUUCUGUUGCGAGGUCUUUUUUACCGGCUUGCCGUCGCCUCAAGCUCGACCCUCCCAAAAAGCUCUACUUUCCUUAUGAACCUGGCAAGCAGGUUAGAAGUGCGAUCAAGAUUAAAAACACAAGCAAGUCACAUGUAGCUUUCAAGUUUCAAACGACAGCACCAAAAAGCUGCUAUAUGCGUCCUCCGGGUGCUAUUCUUGCUCCCGGCGAGAGUCUCAUAGCGACUGUCUUCAAGUUUGUGGAGGUUCCAGAGAACAAUGAAAAGCCAAUGGAUCAAAAGAGUAGGGAUAAGUUUAAAAUUGUUAGCUUGAAGGUGAAAGGAGAGGUGGACUAUGUUCCUGAGCUGUUUGAUGAGCAAAAGGAUCAAGCAGCAUUAGAGCAAAUAUUGCGGGUCGUCUUUCUUAAUCCUGAGCGUGCUGACCCUGCUCUGGAAAAAUUGAAGCGCCGGUUAGCAGAAGCUGAUGCUGCAGUUGCCGCUCGCAAGAAGCCUCAAGAAGAUGCAGGUCCAAAGAUUAUUGGUGAAGGGCUUGUCAUAGAUGAAUGUAAAGAACGGAGGGAAAGAUACCUUGCUCAACAACAGGUUGAAGGAGUAGAUUCAGUAUAGAAUGGUUAUGCUUCUGUUUGAUUUGCCAUCAUCAAACAAGAAUGCAAAUGAUUCACUUUUAAGUAUAUUCCUCCUCCAAUCUUGCCCUGUAACGUGAAUGAUGUAUCUUGCAACAAAUCAUGUAGAGACUGAAACAUCUGUUGUGAUAAAAUUGUUAGUUGAUUUUUUGUCAUAUGAGAUUGGCUAGUUUUCAUCUUGUAGAUAAAAUAAUUAUAAUUACUGUUCUAUAUGAGAUGUAAUACACUUGAAUUAUAUUUUAUUCCUACAUAAAAAUUGACUUCUUCGCACAAAAUGCGAAAUGAAGUGUAUUCAGACUGGCUA